UCAUCAAGACUGUUUCUUGUUUCGUGCACACAUGUAUUUGAUACGUAACAGUAAAUACAUGUGCAUAGUGAAGUAGAUGUUGGUAUCUCGCUUUGAUGGAUAGAGUAUUUAUAAUUGUCAGUUCGGUACUGGCAAUAUGUACUUUAACAUCAACCCAAUAUAUAGAUGCCGAAUGUGCACUUCAUAUCACUGGUGCAGGAAGGACUAGUUUUUUUGACUUUAAUUCUAAUACAUUGAAAGGAGGUCCAAAUGGAUUGGGUUUAUCAGGUCAAUGUAUUACGUAUGAAGCAAUCAACCAAGCAUACAUAGAUGCAAGAAAAAGAAUCAAUGUGGCACAAACAAAUAAAGAUAAGUGGACAGCUCAAGAAUUGGCAUCUGUUGGAGAACUCUUGUUGGAUAUAUCUAUACAGUUGACGAAAAAUUAUGGGCUUUCAUACGAAGAAGUAGAACAAGGAUUACCUAAGAUAGACACGUCAAGAACCUUAAUCAGAGAAGUGUGUCCAGCGUUCUUAUCUAAUGUCGAAUGCAGACCGGGUAAAUACAGAAGGUAUGAUGGUCUUUGUAACAACGUCAGACACCCUACGUGGGGAGCGUCAAAUACGCCGUUUUCGAGGCUAGUGGGACCACUAUUUUCCGAUGGUAUGAGUGCUCCGAAAGUCUCCAGCCUCAAUAACAGAGAGCUACCAAUAGCUAGAGUGGUUUCCAGAACAAUGCACCCGGACGAGGGAUACCAUGAACAUGCAGCUACUUUGAUGCUAGUUGCUUUUGGUCAGUUUAUGGAUCACGAUUUUACACUCAUGGGCACGCCAGCUGAUCCCAUCACUAAGAAUGAACCAGAAGAAUGUUGUAAUAGACCUCCGAGUUUAAAAAAUCCUUAUUGUAACGAAAUUCCCGUUCCUGGCGAUGAUUACUUUUACAGUAAAUUUAAUGUCAAGUGUAUCGAUUUCGUAAGGUCUUUUCCUUCAGUUAGACCCGGAUGUCGCUUAGGUUCAAGAAUAGGAUUCAAUACCUUGACUGGUGUAAUUGACGCGAAUACAGUUUAUAGUGUAACUGAAGAAUAUGCUAGACAUUUGAGAACUGGUUAUGGAGGCUUACUUCGCAUGAACCCGGCAUUUAAAAAUCACGGACUAAAAGAUUUAUUGCCAUUGAGACUUAAAGAUCCUGAUGAAGGAUGUACGAGAUUAAAUCGUUCACAAUAUUGUUUUGAUGCAGGAGAAGUAAGAGUAAAUGAACAACUCAUUUUGGCUACUAUGCACACAAUAUGGGCUAGAGAACAUAAUAGAAUAGCACACGAAUUCAGUAAAAUUAAUCCUCAUUGGGAUGAUGAAACUAUUUUCCAAGAAGCUAGAAGGAUCGUGAUUGCGGAAAUUCAACAUAUAACAUAUAAUGAGUUUUUACCUACAUUGCUUGGAAAAGGAGUGAUGGAAAAAUUUGGACUAUUAUUACAAAAAGAAGGUUAUUGGAAUGGUUAUGAUCCGAAUGUAAAUCCUAAUAUUCUCGCUGAAUUUUCAGCAGCCGCAUUUAGAAUUGGUCAUACAUUUUUGCCUACAACGGUAGAGAGAUGGAGCAAGGCACACAAAUUUAUUGCCUCUAAAAAAUUGUCCGAUCUCAUCCGCCGUCCAUAUGAUUUAUACAGAGCUGGAGUUUUUGACGAAUAUAUAAUGGGGUUGACAAAUCAAGUUGCGCAAGCAAUGGACGACUCAGUCACACAAGAGGUAACGAAUACGUUGUUUAAGAAACCGGGCCAAAGAUUUGGAGUUGAUUUAGUGGCAUUCAAUAUUCAACGAGGCAGAGAAUUUGGAUUGCCUGGAUUUAUGGAAUACAGAAAAUUUUGUGGCCUUCCAGCAUCUGAUUCAUUCCAGAGUUUAUCCUUGGAUAUGCCUAACUCUACUGUAUUCCGAUAUACGACAAUAUACGAUUCUCCAGAUGACGUAGAUUUAUGGUCCGGAGGCGUGUCCGAAAAACCAUUACCCGGUAGCAUGGCUGGUCCAGUAUUUUCGUGUAUAUUAGCUACUCAAUUCAGUUAUGCCAGAAGAGGUGAUCGUUUUUGGUACGAACUGCCCAAUCAACCAUCUUCGUUUACUCCAGAACAACUUAAAGAAAUUCGAAAAGCUAGAUUAGCUCGAGUGUUAUGUGACAAUACUGAUUUGAUGGACACCAUUCAAUUGUGGCCAAUCGUUCUACCUGAUCAUGAAAUAAAUCCUCGAGUACCAUGCCGAAGCGGAAUCAUUCCAUCGGUGAACUUGAAUAAAUGGGCUGAUUUUCCAAUAUCAUAAAAAUAUAUGCAUCCGUUAUUUUUGAUUAAAUACUAUUCGCAACAAAUAGUAAAAACAAAUAGUAUUUUAAUGAAAGAUUUUUAAAAUGAAGAGAUAUUAUUGAAAUCUAUUAAAUAUAUGUUUGGCUUAUUUGAUUAACAUAAACCAAAACAUAUAUCGGCCAUUUUUGGAAAUAUUUAUUAUUAUUAUUAUUGUUAUUUUGUUUUUUAUAUACAAAUCAUACCCAUAGU